CACCCGCAGGUUCAGUGGCGCUCAGUGGCACAUGCAGCAUGUCAUUAAUGAUUCUGUGGAGAGCUCCGAUGAUGAAUUCUUUGAUGCACGAGAGGAGGUGGUGGAAGGGAAAAGUGCUAUUCUCAUUGGCAUGAGUCAGUGGAACUCAAAUGACCUGGUGGAGCAGAUUGAAACUAUAGGAAAGCUGGAAGAAAAUCCAGGUGAAGAGUCUGCUUUUUGCUCCUCUGGCUUUCUGCAGGAAAAGCAACGUGAAUUAUAUCGAGCAUCUUUGAGAAAACAAAGAUUUCCUGCCCAAGGCAGCAUUGAAAUACAUGAGGACAAUGAGGAUGGAGCUCAGCCCAGGAACUGUAAAACUCACGUCCUUAUUCUUGUCCUACAUGGGGGCAGCAUCUUAGAUACAGGAGGAGGGGACCAGAACUGCAAGACAGCAGACAUCAACACCUUCAGUUCUGUAUUCGAGAAGGUGACGCGGGCCCAUUUCCCUGCUGCUCUGGGCCACAUCCAAAUCAGACUCGUCUCCUGCCCAGCUAUUUGUUCGGAGGCAUUCUCUCUUGUGUCCAAUCUUAAUCCCUACAGCUACGAUGAAAACUGCCUCAGCAGUAGUGAAGACCAUAUCCCACUGGCUGCCUUGCCCUUGCUGGCCAUUUCAUCCCCUCAGUACCAAGAUGCAGUUGCCAUGGUGAUUAGCAGAGCCAACCAAGUUUACAAUGAAUUUCUCAAGUCUGAGGAUGGGGCUGGUUUUAAUGGACAGGUCUGCCUCAUUGGUGACUGCAUUGGAGGAAUUUUGGGGUUCGAUGCCAUUUGCUAUAGUGCCAGUGCAGCCGGCGAGAGUCAGAACAGUAGCAGGAGAGGGAGCAUCAGCAGCAUACAGGAUAAUCCCCUCUUAGCAGAGGACUCCAAUCUGGGUGGCAGCAAACGCCUAAGCAAAAGCAAUAUUGACAUCUCGGGACUUAUGGAAGAUGAGGAACCAAGGCAACCGUUGCCACGGAAACAGAGUGACUCAUCCACCUAUGACUGUGAUACUAUAACCCAACAUCACGCUUUCCUGUCUAGCAUCCACUCAAGCAUGCUGAAGGAUGAUGCAGACUUUGCUCCUGCGAGUAUCUCCAGUCUCUCGGAAGUCAACCUGGGACGGUUCGAGUUUGAAGUUUCUGACUUCUUCCUCUUUGGAUCCCCGCUUGGUCUGGUGCUGGCCAUGAGAAGUACCGUUCUGCCUGGCCUGGAUGUAUGUCAAGUCCGCCCAGCUUGCAGCCAAGUGUACAGUUUUUUUCAUUCUGCCGACCCCUCUGCCUGCAGACUAGAGUCACUGCUGGAGAAAAACUUCCGCCUCGUGUCUCCAUUUAACGUCCCGCGGUACCAGAGAUACCCUCUGGGGGAUGGAAGAUCGCACCAUUUAGCUGACACCAUCCAGAACCACAGCACUCUGUUUCUUGAGACCAGCUCUUCAAACUUGCCCUCCUCUCCAGAGAGCCCAGAGUCACCAAACACACUGAGUCAGUCCCAAGGAAAGGCAAGAAGGUCCAGCCUGGUCAGCACAAACAGCGAAAUCUCAGGGUCAACGGAGAGCUUGCCGUCGGCAAACAUCACCAACAUUACUGCCAAAUGGUGGGGAGCCAAGCGAAUAGAUUAUGCCUUGUACUGCCCAGAUGUGCUAACGGCAUUUCCAACAGUGGCUUUGCCCCAUCUCUUCCAUGCCAGCUACUGGGAAUCAACUGAUGUGGUGGCAUUCAUUUUGAGACAGGUGAUGAGGUAUGAAAAUGUGAAUGUCAAGGAAAAUGACAGCUCGGACCCAGCAACAUUAAGUCCGUCCAAUCCACGGGAGAAAUGGUUACGCAAGAGGACACACGUCAAGCUGAGAAAUGUAACCGCUAAUCACAGAGCAAAUGAUGUCAUUGCAGCAGAAGACGGUCCCCAGGUCCUGGUUGGACGCUUUAUGUAUGGACCCCUGGAUAUGGUGGCUUUAACAGGCGAAAAGGUCGAUAUCUUUAUUAUGACUGAGCCCACUUCGGGGAGUUGGGUGUAUUUCGACACCGAGAUAACCAACAGCAGUGGCAGAAUAUCCUACAACGUACCCAAACAGAAGAGGCUUAGAGUUGGCGUGUAUCCCAUCAAAAUGGUGGUUAGGGGUGACCAAAGUAAUGCAGUGAGUUACCUGACUGUCCUUCCUCGGGGGAUGGAGUGUGUUGUGUUCAGCAUUGAUGGCUCAUUUGCAGCAAGCGUCUCAAUCAUGGGCAGCGACCCCAAAGUCAGAGCUGGGGCAGUUGAUGUUGUCAGACACUGGCAGGAUUUGGGGUACCUGAUCAUCUAUAUCACGGGCCGGCCAGAUAUGCAAAAGCAGAGAGUUGUCUCAUGGCUGUCUCAGCACAACUUCCCUCAAGGCAUGAUCUUCUUCUCAGACGGGCUAGUUCAUGACCCAUUACGACAAAAGACCAUCUUCCUCCGGAAUCUUAUGCAAGAGUGCCACAUCAAAAUUUGUGCUGCCUAUGGCUCGAUGAAGGACAUUUCUGUGUACAACGUUUUGGGUCUGUCGCCUUCGCAGAUCUACAUAGUUGGGCGUCCAGCAAAGAAAUACCAGACUCAGUGUCAAUUCCUCAGUGAAGGUUACGCAGCCCACUUAGCCUUGCUGGAAUUCACUCUCCAUUCCCGGCCUAAGAAGAACAACUCCCGGAUGAUCCUGAGGAAAGGCAGCUUUGGCCUGCACUCCCAGCCUGAAUUUCUGCGCAAAAGGAAUCACCUACGCAGGACUAUGUCUGUACAGCAACCCGACCCACCUUCAUCCAACCCCAAACCAGAGCGUGCCCAGAGCCAGCCCGAAUCGGACAAGGACCAUGAUCGGCAUCUUCCUCCCAUAGCGUGGGUUCGAGGCGGAGUCCAUAAAUUUGAGUCUGUGCCAUAGGAAGCUUUGAGGCAUAUUUCUUGGGCACGCUCCUGUAACCCUGUAGGCAUGCCUUGAAGAUAGUACUUAGGCAGCUUCAACAUAAGAGGUAGGGGGAAGACCUGGUACCCCAGAGCCAUCCCUGUUCUUGUAUCUGCCUCCUUUAACCAAGCUGGGAACUUUCCACCUGUUCCUCUCACCGUACUUAUCAAGAAACCAGAUCUGAAAGAUCGCAAGUGCUCACGACAUCAAAAUAACAAAAACAUACAUCUUGGUUUUGGUUUGUUUGGGGGCUGGGGGGAAUGGGAAGUUGUUACAAGGUACGUUAUAAAAUGUGCAAUAAGGGGACAGUUGCCACAGGUUGGUUUCACCGAAUGGAAGAUACUUAAAGGACUAUAAUACCAAUUAAUUAGUUGCACCUAAAUGAGCAUAAUAAGUCACCUAAGUCAAAGAGAGGUUUACAUUUUAAAACACAAAUGGGUGUCGGUACUUCUGCUUUACUUUGGAGAAAAAGGAAUACAAACAGAAGAAGUGAAGCAGAAUAAUGGGUAAUUGGGAUUUGCACAGCAAAACUCUUUGGGUGCCUUAAACCCAAGAUUUCUUUUGGUUGACUAUGCUGGUGAACAUGCACUAACCCCGUCUCUGAUCUACACACCUUUGGAGUGAGGUAGCUAGGUGUAAAAACAAAACGCUGGAGAAAUCCACUUGUGAACUAAAUCAUCAGUGCUUCAUGGUAGAAAUCGGUUCCCUCACUGCUGCAGUUUGAAGCCCAGUUAACGUUGCUAUAUAAAAAGCGAUGUGCAAAGUGUACAAAGAUCACAACUGUUUUCGUGGAACUUGGUGACUGUACCAAUAUGUGUGAGCUGCUUCAAAGCAAGGAGGUGAGUUUGACCAUUUCAGUAUGACAUGUGGAUCUUAAGGAGGUAAGCUAAAGAAACCUCUAUUGUAGAGGGGCUCGAGAACUAAGGCAAUCUGAUUUUUAAGUGAAUUUUUUUCCAGACUCUUACAGCGGACAGAAAAAGAAGAGAUUCAAUUACCUAUGUAAUUCAGCAACUUUUUUUCCUGUUCACUCCUCUUUAAAGCAACUAUUAUAUUAGAUAGACUGCAGGGUUUAAAAUGCCUACCAGCAUUUCGGUUUAAAAAAAUGAGAUGCUAUGAAACUGUAGGCACCCAUUAGAAGUAGCUGUCAUCCAGUGAUCUGCAAAAUCCAUUUAGACUUUCUCAGCUCCCCUAAAAGGAUCUAUUGGAGGUAAUUGGCACAACUUGCCUGACUUGUGAAUGUUUCACAGAUGUAUAUUGGAGAGAUGCAAAAAUCCAGAAUCUACAAAUUCUCUCUGACGAGACCUGCUGACGACUCCAAGUUCAGUGGGGGCCUCCUCACUCAAUUAGAGAUUUUUCAGGAUUGGGCUCAAAUUUAAGCAUGUUUCCAUACCUGUACCAAAGUUGUAACUGCUCAGGAAAAACAGAGGAUUCAAAACAGGUUUAUGAGGCUGGGAGAGGGCACAGGCAAUGCAGGGCGUUUUUCGUGCUUGUUCUGAAAUGGUCUUUGUCUUGGAGCCAAACCAGAAACAAGCUCAAAAGAGCUUGAUUGGUAAGUGUAGGGUAUGGACAGAGAAUGCGAAAGGAAGCUACCGUGAGCCUGCAGAGGAAAUUUAUAUUUCCCAGACACCAAAAAUGCAGUUUUGCAGGCUUAGACAGGUGUUUCUGGUCUUAGAAGGCAGGAAGUCACCUCUACAGGUAGAACAGCAUAGGUUAUUUCCUUCAUCUUACUAUUUGGCAGGCAGAAAUGGUUAAGUUUACCACCGAUUUGGAAUGCCACCCAACUUGAUAGCUGUACACUUCCUUAAAACAAAAAAAUCAAAUACAUAAAACGUAAUUCGAUUUCAAAAUCCAUGCUCAGGCAAAGAUCAGUAGUAAUCCCUACUAUAGUUAACAGAAAUUACACAAAUCAAAUGAAGAAACUCAUUGUUUUGCAAGCUUGUGCUAAUUACAGCCAAACACUUUGAUUACGGGGAGUGUGUUAUUUGCGCCCUUUGCCUAACAUCUUUGGCUCCAAGUCAUUUGGCUCCAAAAGCCAAAUGUACUAUCUGCAGGAACUAUGCUCAAUGUGGUUUUUAGUUUACAAAUGUCUCUUUUAAUGAGUGUUAACAGGUCUACUAACACACAGCACUUUAAAUGGUUACUCUGUGUUGUCUUUGCCCCAUGUGCGUUCCUUUGAUCGGUCUGCACCUUCCUUCCCUCAUCUGAUUUUCCAUUCUCUGCGACCAGGUUGAAACUGUGCAGAGUAGAAGGUAAAGCAAAAUCCAAUCCCCUGUGCUAAAUUUGCUGCUAGUGUAGCGUGCCCGGUUCUGCACACCUUAGUGGAGCCACGGCUGAUUGAUCCUAUUGAUGAAUUUGCUGCGCUCUGCCGCUGCUCUAGGAAAAAGAAAAGUAAGUAACAAAGAUGCACGUUUGAUGCUAAUUCCAUGCUUCUUGUCUAUCAGAUACCUCUGUUCUAACUGGUACCAACAGAAAUGCCCUGAGUGCACAGAGUAAAAAGUGGGACUUUACUACAGUAAUCUAAAGCUCUGGCCAGUAAUGGCUUGAAACAUUUAGCCAAUUCCUGGUUUACUGGUCUUGCAACAAUUUUAUUCGUCUGUUGCUGCGAUGGGCUCACGGCUGGUUUUAGGUCUUCUGUUUUAUAGACUCCAUAGGACACAGUGUUUUCCAGCUUGCUUCUAUUUGCCAAGUUUAACAGGUAAAUGAGCAUAAUAUUUAACAAGGAGGGACUUAAUAGGCAAAUUUGAAAUCUCUUGGGAAGAUCUAAAGGUGACACUGAUUGCUUACUUUGAAAUUACAUUUUUAAGCAGUUGUCUGUGGUACAGCCUGUAUACUGCUGGUAAUUAUUGUGCCUGCUGUGCAAUUUAGAGCUAUUGUUGCUUUAGCUAAAUGUCUACCUCUACCAGCCACGGGUUUUCCAAGUGUAUUCUCCCGUAUACAUAUUUCAGUAGGGAAAACCCACUUCCAGAAAGGGACCUAAUCGGAACUGCAUUCAUCCUUAAGGGAAGGGGGUUUCAACACAGGACUGGAAAGGACCUUCUUAGGUCAUUGAGUCUAGUCCCCUGCUUUCACUGGUAACCACAAAAGCUCUGUAUUUUUAACCCAAAUUUUUCCUUAGCACCUGGGUCUCCUUACAGCCACUGUCAUGCCAACUUAACAGUGUUAUAAUAUAAAGCAGUGAAAUAAGUGCUAGUUUGUGUAUGUGAUUAGAAUAUUAACUUUCUAAUAUUGCUAUAAACAGUAUUAAAAUUAAGCUGAGAAUAACUCCCUUCACUUGGUUUCAUGAGAGAUGCUAGCACUCAUGUGGCCUUUGCAUAAUUCCAACACUACUUAUUGCUCAGGGAUUGAAAGGUUUACCUUUGGAUCACUGCUCUUUCAUCUUUGCAAACCAUCUCACAGCGGUCCAGUUAAAGGUCAGUGCUUCAUAACAGUCAGAACCUGGUUGUUCCUGAAUUUCAGAUGACUUUUUUUUUUUUUUAAACUUUGGCUAAUUGCCUCUAAAAUAGCCUCAGAAGUUCAAUCAGGCUGGUAGUAUGAAGAAUGUAAACAGAAUAAGACUUUUGGGUCUGAAUAUCUCGCAACCAGCCAGGGCUACAAACAGCUAUCUUAUGGCAGGAGAAAUUUGGGAACCCAGAUACUGUAUUAAAACUCUUGCCAACAUCGUUAGCUAUUUUUUUCGGACACUGGCCAGGCCUGACCAUUAAUUCAACAGUAUAAUCUUCAAUCCUUGCUAACUGUUAAAGAAAUUGUUUAGAGGUCAAUAUUUGGCAAGAUACUUUAUCUACAAUAUCUUCCUUGCCAUGGUCCAGAGAUGUAGACAAGUCAACUGGAAUUUUAGAAUUUGCUUUAAGCCUCCAAUGAAUUUUGCUUAGGCUUUCAGCAUGGGGGAUCAGUGUUUUAAAAAGUCUGUUGCAGUUGGGUUUGGUUAUUUUCUUGUUUGCAUCAAGUUAUGGUAAGUCGUCAUCUCUGCAUUGUUUGGACACCCAGACUGGCCUGGAUUCAGAAUUCAGAGGGCUUGAAGAUUUAGUGAACACCAAGGGAAGUUUUGGGGGUUCAAGUAUGCACACUGGCCUCCCUGAAUUUCAGCUGUUUCGUCCCUCCAGACUGAUCAGCAUGGAAAAUCAAUCUUUGAGCUUGCUAAAUUGAGGGGGAGUCAUUGGAAAUGUAAAAUGCUAAAUGAAUACUCUGAGGAGGAGUUAAAGAUCCAUGCACAAGUAACACUGAGACUGGGAGCACUUAUUUCUCUGCCCUGUUGAUGUGGGAUCCAUUUUUUUAUUACUGUAAAAAAAAAAAAAAAAAUGGCAGUGAUUUAAUAGCAGUGGUGGACUGUUACCUGAAAUAUUGUGAAAAGACACCUUCGCAACUGUGGUGUGUGUUGUGUGCGUGUGUUUACUGAAUUCAUAGCCACCCUAUGUGACGUUUUGGUACAGCUUUCACAGCAAAUUUGUAACCAAUCCGCGUUUUUUACAAUUGCUGUUUGUUCAGUUUUGUUGUCCUGUUAGAUAAGUUUGAAAAAGGUAGCAUUGUAAAAGAGUGCAAAAUAUUCCAGACAUGAGUAGUAAUGUAAAUCCAAAUUUGCUUAUUAUUUCAAUAAGAAAUGUUCAAAAAAUAUGUUUGCCUAUACUAGUGCUCUUCGAACAAAAUCUUGCUUGACCAAAGUAUUCUCGUUUAAUUCUGUGGCAUGUUUUAUAUCUAUCCAGCAUACUAUUUUGUUAGGUGUGAGAACUGCACAGCAUUCACUGUUCUUCUCGCUCCCUGGGGUUCAUGAGUCAACUGCCAUUGUGAUCUGUUGAGGUGGGAACAAGAGCAUUAGCGAUUACGAACGGCAUGUUUGCCUGCUACUUAUCUCACAUCGCAGCCUUUUCAAACAGGAAAGUUCAGACAGGGAAAGGCCAUAUGGAAAAAGUGGAAAAAUUUCCAAAUUGCAAGGGAGAUGAGAACAAGCAAUAAAUUAAGCAAAACAAAACCCUAAGCUUAAGCAGUUGAUUCUGCGAAGCAGUAUUGGCCAAGACGUCUGCGCUCAUCUUAGAGGCACCUCAUUCUUGAAAGGCUCAGAUAACAUCAAAGGUGUUCCUUGCCUGUGGCUAUUCAGAAAAGCAAGCUGCUUCUACCUUGUAAAAAAUGUUCCAACCAAGUGAAAAGUGAAAAAACCCAAAGUAGCUAAAUAUCUACCACUAGCAUGAAGCUUGCAUUGUGAUUUUUUUUUAAAGCAAAAGGAAGAACAAAAAUUGUAUGUUCCAUUGGCUUCUCAAAGGGCCACCUGUCUUAAAUUUGGCCACAAUUUAGAUUUGUGGGCUUCUUUUCUUACAAAACUAGGGUCUGUAGAAGCGCUUCAAAGCCUUUGAGUAAAAUGUGUUAAAGAACAAGAUUUCCACAGCACAGGAAGGUAAGCAGUAAACAAUCAGCAUUUUUUUGUGCUUUAAAUGUCUCUUAUCUGCUUUAGUAAGAUGAAUCACUCAGUAUCUGAGGUUAUAGUUUCAAAUGGAGGGGUCAAGUCAUCCUCUAGAUUUUUUUUCUACUGCAGAUAAUUAAAAUGAACACUGAAAUCAUAGUAUUUGUAUUGAUUCCCCCCCCCCCCUUUUUGGGGGGGGCGAGGUGGUGACAAAGUUGGGAUCACUGUUUCUCUUCAGCCUGGUACAGGGUUAGAUCCCCUUAAUACACAGGUAUCAAGAGCUUCUCUUUGGCUGCUUGCUUUUCUCAUCUCAGCCAGCAUGGAAAGCAUAGCUUGAUCCCCAGCAGUCCCUCCUUGCAAGUUAAGGGGCAGGUUAUAGCUGUACUGCAAACAAGCAAAAAGGUGUGCUCUUAGCUUGAGUGAGAACGAUGAAGAUGGGGAUCUAAGAGGUACGAACUAAAACUGAAACGGGUUCAAGAUUUCAAUUCAAGCUGCUGACCAGACGUAAAACCCAAGCUUUAAAGGUGAAUUAAGAUUGCACCUGUUUUGGAAGGGGAAUAGUACGAGUGCACAGUAGUCACUUCUCGGGAGCGAGGGUGUGUGGAUGCUGCGCAGAGCAGCAAGAGCUUCUGCUUUGAACAAAGAAAGGGAUUUUGGGGUUGAAACAAUUGGAGCUGGCACUCCCCUUUAGGGGUAAGGUCUACAGCAGGGGAUGAUGAUGCAGCCCCUAAUUUUGUUUAAAAAACUACCACAUGCUUUUAAAAACCAGACGUGCUUUUGGGAACAGGUGGAACAAUUUGACAAUUAAACCUCAUCUUCCUUAAAAAUAGAAAAACCUUGGGGAGGGACAAACAUAAGUACAUUACAAUGCAACACUACAAGGAGUUGUGAAGCAAGUUGAGACAGGUAAGACAAAUCACAAGCUUUAAAGAACGGGACGAUAGUUGCUUUUCAGUAGGAUAGGAGGGUCAGGAAUGGCAGUCCCAUGGCAGAACCCCAACCCUAAUGCAUACUUAUUUUUCUAUUUAUGUGGGGAAAAAAGUCUACUUAUAACAAUUCCUGUGAGGAGACUUGAAAUUGUACAUGGUCUUUAAGUCUACAGUUUUAAUAAGUGUAUACUUUUAAAUAUUGUUUGUCAGUGGGAAGGUUAUAUAUGGUGACAAAAUGUUUAUAUUUCUUAUGGCUGCCUUGUAAAGAUUUAAAAAUGUAUAAUAAUGAAUUUCUUAAAACAUGAACUACAGGAGUAAGAUUUUUACAACUGGUCUAGAUUUUGAUGUGAUCUGGUUUUUAAAAUCUUAUAAAAAGUUAGUCACUCAAAUAAAAACCUUCUUUGCCUUUAA